AUGGCCGGAGGAAAAGCUAUUGGCAUUGAUUUGGGGUCCACAUAUUCUUGUGUCGGUGUAUGGAACAAUGAUAGAGUCGAGAUUAUUCCUAACAAUAAUGGAAAUCGUACUACACCUUCCUACGUUGCUUUUACUCGCACAGGACGAUUGGUUGGCGAACAAGCUAGAGAUCAAGUUUCCAUGAAUCCUCGCAAUACUAUAUUUGACGUUAAACGUUUAGUAGGUCGUCAAUUUUCGGAUCCUGAUCUUCAAUAUUAUAUGAAGCAAUGGCCAUUUGAGGUUAUUAAUAUGAACGGAAAGCCAUAUAUCCAGGUUGAAUACAAGGGCAAUAUUAAACAGUUAUCGCCUGUAGAGAUUUCAUCAAUGUUAUUGUGUAAGAUAAAGGAGUCUGCCGAAGCUUUCCUUAAAGAAAAAGUCACGGAUGCAGUGAUUACCGUGAGUGCCUGUUUUAAUGAUUCACAACGUCAAGCCACAAGAGAUGCCGGUAUAAUUGCUGGAUUAAAUGUUCUUCAUAUUAUAAAUGAGCCAACUGCAGCAGCCAUCGCAUACGGUUUGGAUAGAAAAACUGACGAAGAAUGUUAUGUACUUAUUUUUGAUUUCGGCGGUGGUACCUUUGAUGUAUCUCUUCUAACGAUAGAGGAUGGAGUAUUGCUGGUUAAAGCGACAGCUGGUCAUGCUGGUAUAGGUGGUGAAGAUUUUAAUCAUCGACUCGUGAAUCACUUUACUAGGGAGUUUAAACGUAAAUUUGGGAAGGAUAUUACUAAAAAUGAGCGUGCCUUAUGUCGUCUUCGAACUGCAUGUGAACGUGCAAAACGUGCACUGUCAUCAUCUACACAGACCCAUAUCGAAAUUGACAGUCUUUUCGAAGGCAUCGACUUUUACACCUCAUUAACAAGAGAGAAAUUUAUAGAAUUAAAUCAGGAUUUAUUUCGAAAAACUAUCGAAACCGUUAGAAAAGUUCUCCGAAAUGCCAAUAUUGAUAAAUCACAGAUUAAUGAAGUAGUACUAGUGGGCGGUUCUACGCGCAUACCUGAAAUUCAAAAGAUGGUAUCUGAUUUCUUUGAUGGAAAGGAAUUAAAUAAGUCAAUUAAUCUCGAUGAAGCUGUCGCCUAUGGAGCGGCCGUAAAAGCUGCUAUUUUAUCACGAGAUACUUCAGAAAAAAUUGAAAGAUUGUUAUUAGUAGAUGUCGUUCCUUUGUCACUCGGAAUCAAGACAGAAGGAGGAACAAUGAACCAGCUGAUAAGACGCAAUACUACAAUACCCAUAAAGGUGUCCAGAACGUUCUCUACAGAGUCAGACAACCAAUCACAUUUUCAAAUUAAAAUAUACAUGUAUGACGAUGAAGGUGGACAAUUAUAUUAUAACAAUUUACUUGGAGAGUUUGAACUUACUGGUAUCUCACCUGCGCCUAAAGGCAUACCUCAAAUAGAAGUUAUUUUCGACAUUGAUCACAAUGGUAUCCUUAAUGUAUCAGCUGUUGAUAAGUCUACUGGGCAAUCUAAUGGCAUCAUCGUUACUUUCGAUAAACAUCGAUUAUCAAAGAGAGAGAUCAAGCGAAUGAUCUCUGAUGCCAAAAAAUAUCGUGUCGAGGAUGAAAAUAUAGCACAAAGAGUUAAAGCACGUAAUGAUUUUGAGAACUAUUUAAACAAUUUAAGAAAUUCUCUUCUGGGCGUCAUCCAAGAAUAUACCACCUGGUUUGAUGAUAACCAGGAGGCAGAAAAAGAGGAAUAUGAACAUAAACGUAAGUCAUUUGAGAAUGCUGCUAGUCAAGUGAUAAGAAGCUCUAGCGAAUUUUCAUGGGAAACUUGGUUAGCUGAAGAACUAAAAUAA